CUUCCCUGGUCCUAUGGCAACAUUAUACAUUCUGCAAAUAUGGCCGACUAAGCAGUAGAUACUAUAGUUUCUAGAUAGAUUUAGGACGCCUGGCAGCAUGUCCACUGCUACCAUGCCGACAGUGAAGGAGCGCGAGUUUCUUAACACUUCUUCAUUGGCCAAACAAAGUGGCUUUACACCACGGCCCAUACAAAAGUUGGCAGCCAGGAAAAAGCCAAGGACAAUGUUAAAUAUAGAAUGUAAUCACUUUCUGCGAACAAAAACUGAUGCCUUUACUCACGGACAUCCAAUGCUUGGAUAUAAGUUGUGGUUGGAGGCUGGAAAACAUGAUCCACCAUACCCUACUCGCCCAGAUGACAACUACAACAGUAAUGUGUGGCGUAACUUUCGCAGGCAGUAUGGAUUUAGUGCAACAGCAGAUGGACGGAAAAUUUCUGACGUCAUUGCUUCUAUGUAUCCUCUUAAUAUACCCCCACCUUCACAGGUUGGAGAUCAUACUUUUGACAAAUUUAUCCGAGAAAGUUCACUGUUUAAUAACGACAAAAUGAAGACAUUAGCUAUGGAGAGAACAAAGAAUGAUGUGGUUGAAUUUAAACGCCUUCGUGUGAAAAGUGAUGCUAGAAAUCCUCCAUUAGAUGAAUCUGGACAAAUAAUACCUCCGGAGAAUUUCAAGAAAUAUGAACAUCGUUUUGUUCCUCCUCCUCUGCCUCCCCCAACACCCCCACCAGCUAAUCAGAAGACAGAUUCCCUUGGCCAGAGAUAUGUUCCCAAGUCUGAACCACAUCUAUGGAAGCUGUCUUACAAACUCUCUAAUCCACAGUAUGAACAUGUUCGACAGGAGAUUCGCAAACGCCAACAGCUGAUGAAGGAUGAAACGCCACAAUCUCCUCAACCUCAUAUCCCUAAGAACUUUCCAUCUCCAGUCAACCGUAAAUUGUAAUGAGAAAGUCAGCACAG